UCCACAUCUUAAAUUAUUACUUCACGUAACCAUAAAAAUACCAAUACAGUUUGUGUUUUCGGCUGUGAUUAAACAAUAUAAUUGACAUUAUAGAGUGUAUUAAGUAUUCUCAACCAUGGGUAAGAGAAAUAAUAUGAUCCCUAAUGGGCAUUUCCAUAAGGAUUGGCAAAGGUUUGUGAAAACUUGGUUCAAUCAGCCAGCUAGAAAAUUUCGUCGUAAACAAAGUCGUGUGAAGAAAGCUCGUUCAGUUGCACCAAGACCUGUCAAGCUUUUGAGACCUAUUGUUCAUUGCCCAACAUUCCGUUAUCACACAAAAGUUAGGGCAGGCAAAGGUUUUACCUUAGCUGAAAUUAAAGCAAGUGGUCUGAACAAACGAUUUGCUAGGACCAUUGGAAUUGCAGUAGAUCCUAGAAGACGAAAUAAGUCGGUGGAAUCUUUGCAAGCAAAUGCUCAAAGAUUGAAGGAGUAUAAGUCCAAAUUGAUUCUUUUCCCAUUAAACGAAAAGAAACCAAAGAAGGGUGACGCAACUGAAGAAGAAAUGAAAACAGCCACUCAAGUUAAGGGAGAAAUUAUGCCAAUACGACAUCAAGCACCAGCUAAGGCAAAGGCUCGCACAAUUUCUGAAGAAGAGAAGAAGUUCUCUGCAUAUGUUACUUUGCGUAAAGCUAGAGCUGAUGCUAGAUUAGUUGGAGUUCGCGCAAAGCGUGUAAAAGAAGCUGCAGAAAAUCCGGACGAUGUAACAAAGGUUGCCAAGGACAAGAAGCCCAAGAAAUAAUCUUAACUAUCGCAUCUUUGUAUAAAUAUAAAAAAUAAAUUCUCAAUUGAGGAAAGCAAUACCAUCUAUGCA